AUGGGAAACAUUAUAUCGUUUAUUCGCUCUAGGUUCCCCCAUCCUCCCACGCUCACUGAGAAUGAUAUUCCCCCUCUCAAUGGCCGUGUGCUCAUAGUCACCGGCGGUUAUUCGGGUUGCGGGCUUGAGCUGGUCAAGAUGCUUUUCCAUGCUGGUGGCAAGGUCUACAUCGCUGGUCGUUCCAGGCAGAAGGCAGAAGCAGCAAUCAAUAAGAUUCUUGGCAGCGCUGCUGCGCCUGCGGACGGUGUUUCGAAAAAGGACAGAGAAAAUAACCUUGCUUUUCUUCAGCUUGAUCUGGCCGAUCUGACGACCAUCAAGGACUCUGCCAGAGAGUUUCUCGACAAAGAAGACAGGUUGGACAUUAUCCUGCAAGCAGGAGUCAUGCUGCCUCCACCGGAUACUGCAAGAGAGGAUGUCCCCAAAUUCUCCACGCGAGUUAUCUUUGUCACCUCGAAUGCCCACAGCGGAGGUCCCGCGCCGGAUGGGGUGAAUUGGGAGGAUCUCAACCUGACCACUUCCAAGAAACGGAAUUUACCCUGGUGGCUGGACGCGAUCUUUGCAUCAACAAGAUACUCUCCUAGAUACGGCGCGUUGUCCGAAUUUUAUGCAGGCUUCAACUCCGAAGUUGAUACGACCAUGAUAGAAGACGGUGGAAGGAAUGGCGGAUAUGUUCUACCAUGGGGACGGUUCGGGCAAUGUGCAAGCCAUGUAUUCGAAGGUCUGACCGAAAGGAACACAGGCGAAAGAUUGUGGAACAUGUGCGAAGAGAUGCUGAAAGACUAUAUGUGA